AUGAGGUUAGGAAAACCUAAGGGAGGUAUUUCUCGGAGCUCAAGCCAAGGAAAAGCUUAUGAGAACCCACGCAAAACAGGCCGGCAGCGGCAAAAAUGGGGAAUGACUGUUCGAUUUGACUCAAGCUUGAGUAGACUGAGAAGAAGGUUGGAUGAGAAGCCCUAUAAAUGUACUGAAUGUGAAAAGAGUUUCAGUCAGAGCUCAACUCUUUUUCAACACCAGAAGAUUCACACCGGAAAGAAAUCCCAUAAAUGUGCCGAUUGCGGGAAAAGUUUCUUUCAGAGCUCUAACCUCAUUCAGCAUCGGCGGAUCCAUACUGGGGAAAAGCCCUAUAAAUGUGAUGAGUGUGGAGAAAGGUUUAAACAGAGUUCAAAUCUCAUUCAACACCAGAGAAUUCAUACUGGAGAAAAACCCUAUCAGUGUGAUGAGUGCGGCCGAUGUUUCAGCCAGAGUUCCCACCUUAUUCAACAUCAGAGAACCCACACAGGGGAGAAGCCCUACCAGUGCAGUGAAUGUGGCAAAUGCUUCAGCCAGAGCUCUCAUCUUAGGCAGCACAUGAAGGUGCACAAAGAAGAGAAACCUCGUAAAACCCGGGGCAAAAAUAUUAGGGCAAAAACUCACUUAGUGUCAUCUUGGAAAGCCGGUACAGGUAGGAAGUCAGUGGCUGGUCUCCGCUAA